AGUUAAAUAUUGAUCAAACAGGCAGCACGGAUACAAAUAUUAUUUCCAACACCGAUAACAUAAUAAAUAGUUUUGUAAAGUUAUUUUACAUUUUUAUCAUGAACAAGCAACGGCAUGCAACCGUUGAGUUGAAAAAUCCUGAAAAUAACUGGAGGAAGACCCAUCAGGAGCUUAUCAACACCAUUCGAGCUGCUAGGAAAAUUCAGAUUUAUGUUAACAAAGGAGGUGAUAUCCGGGACCUGCCACAGCCGCCCCCGUCAGAGAACUUAGACUACAUCCAGUGUCCCCACUGCCUGCGCCGAUUCAACGAGGCUGCAGCUAACAGGCACAUGCCUAAAUGCGCUGACUACGAGUAUAACAAGCCGAAAAACCCGGGUAACCCGAAAUGGCGAUAAAUGACAAAAAGCUACUAUUUUCUAUGCUUUCAUAUCUAAGGUUGUUUGUGUUCAAGUUAGCUGUAGCACUCUGUAGUGUGCUAAUAGUUAUGCAGGAUUAAAGAUCUUCUCUUCAGUGACAGUGUUUCGACAGCAUUGUUUCGUUCCUUGCGAGAGGCCUAUGGACACGAUUAUUGGUUGAUGAUGAUGUAUUCCUACCUAUUUAUGUAACUUUCAAUUCUAAAUGAGUAAUAAAUUAAACAAGAAAUAUAAA